CGCGGUGGCCCCACCCCCACCGUACGACAUACCGUCUCCCACCGGCCAACCUCUCGUCGGCGCCGACGACCUUCGAGUGCGAGCCAUGUCCACCUCCGCACCCACCUCGUCGCCUGAGCCGCCGGAGUUCAUCCGCGGGAGCCUCAUCCCGGCUCUCCCCGACGACCUGGCCAUCCACUGCGUCGCCCUGCUGCCGCGCGCCGCGCACCCCUCCCUCGCGCUCGUCUCCCGCGCCUUCCACACCUUGCUGUGCCGCGACCCGGGUCCCCUCCUGGCCGCGCGCCGCCGCCUCCGCCUCUCCGACCCCCACGUCAUCCUCUCCCUCCGCCCGCCGGCCUCCGCCUCGCCUCUCUUCUUCCUCCUCCUCCCGCAUCCCGGAUGGCCACCGCUGCCUCUCCCGUCCCCUCCCGUCCCCGUCUCCUCCUCCUCCUCGGUCGCCGUCGACGGCAACCGGGUGUUCCUCUUCGGCGGGUCCGUCUCCGGAGUGCCGUCCCCGUCGGUGCAGAUCUUGGACCCCCGCACCAGAUCCUGGUCAGUCGGCCCGCGCCUCUCCUCUCCGCGGGAGUUCGCCGCCGCCGUUGCCCACUCCGGCGUACUAUUCGUCGCCGGCGGUUGUGUUCCUUCCUCCCCCUUCUGGGCUGAGUCCCUGAACCUCUCCUCCCCGGAUGCAAAGUGGUCUCCGGUCCCCAGCCCGCCCCACUUCCGGGAGAAGUGGAUGCACGGCUCCGCCUCGCUCGCCGGGAAGGUCCUCGCGGUGGCCGAUCGCGGCGGCUUGGCCUACGACCCGGCUGCGCCGCCUACUGAGGCAUGGGCGCCGGUUUCUCCGAUCCUUGACAUGGGGUGGAAGGGCCGUGCAGCUGUGGUCGGUGGAAUCCUCUACUCCUACGAUUACUUGGGGCAGGUCAAGGGCUAUGAUCCGGACACCGAUUGCUGGAGCAAGGUGGAAGGGUUGGAGCAGGAGCUGCCCAAGUUCUUGUGUGGUGCCACUCUCGCCAAUGUCGGUGAACUGCUCUACUUGGUUUGGGAAGGGAAGUGGAAAGGGAAAGGGAAAGCGAAAGGAAAGGGCGAAGCAAGGAGCAUGGUGGUGAUUGAUUGGGCUGCCAUUGCGGUGACGAAAGCCGAAGAGGGCCGGCUAACGGGGAAGGUGUUGUCAAGGGACACCAUUGUAUUCAAGGACAUGCCAAAGGGGUCAGCAAUCACACAUUGCAUCGCAUUGGAGCUGUGACGAUGGUUGCUCCAGUAGCCCAGUCAUAAAUCAAAUGGCAUCCAUGUUUUAAAUGUUCUCUGCUGAUUUGAGGAUGGAAAAACUCAGUAUUGUGGUAGGCUGGUAGCACCUCCUGCUGAGAAAUGAGGAUGCUUCACUACUGGGCAGCAGAGCACUGAUAAAUCUGGCUGGAUGACAAGUUAAAGAUAAUUCAGAAAAUUGUGUUUCAAUUCCUUAUCGUCUGGAUGCUGGAAGAAGGCAUUUGGAAUUCUACCCAGCAAAAAUCAUGCAUUUGGAUCUCUCUUAGACAUUGAACAUAUUUGAUGAAGCAGAAGUUUUGCCUUAAACACUAUUUAUUCUUCAUUGCCGGUCAGUUGUAAUUGUAAGAUAACCAAUGUAGCUUGUAGCCCUCUUGUAUAGUUGUAUGGCCUAUUGCUGAGCUUGCUGUGCCCGUGUGUGGCAGCAUUAGUUGUGUUUAAACAUAUCGAAUUACUUUGCUAGCUUGGGCCAGUAGUGCAAAUUGUUAAAACCAGUUUGGCCCAAGAGAAACAGCACCUACAGUUGUCUCAUUCUGUGCAGAGUUUCUAUCCAUGGAUGUACCCCUAAAUAAACUAUGAAAUUAAUUCAUGCAUUCUCUUCUAGGACCAA